AUGUUGUCAUCAGUUCCACAGAGAAAGACUUGGUGGAAAUCAAAGAAGACAGUAAAAGUCACAAGAUCUUUUCCAACCUUCCCUUCCCUGAAUGCCUGGGAAGAAGUCAGGGGCCUCUUGCCCGUGGAUGGGGAGCCGAACCCUGGAGUGGGCCUGGGUGUGGAGGAGGGACUGCUCUGCCAGAUGCUUCAUUCUCCGGAAUUCAACCUAUUUCCUGACUCAGUGGUGUUUGAAAGCAACUUUGUCCAGGUCAGAAAGGGCAGGAACUGGAUAGACAUCUACAAAGCCUCCAACACCAUGGCCCUUGGGGUAACCUCCUCCGUGCCCUGCCUGCCCCUUCCCAAUAUCCUCCUCAUGGCUAGCGUCAAAUGGCACCAGGGACAGAGCCAGACGUGGAACAGGCCAUCCACGGCCCCAAACAUCAAGCUGAAGAGGAUCCUCCCACUGAAGUUUGUGGAGCUCCAGGUCUGUGACCGGCUCCAACGCAUCUUGCGGCUGAGGACAGUCACCGAGAAGAUCUACUACCUAAGGCUCCACCCUGACCAUCCUGAGACUGUCUUCCACUUCUGGAUCCGGCUGGUUCAGAUUCUGCAUAAGGGCCUGUCCAUCACUACCAAGGACCCUAGGAUUCUUGUCACUCACUGUCUGGUACCCAAGAACAGCUGCAGCCCCUCGGGAGACUCUAACUCAGUACAGAAGAAACUGCAAGCCUCCCAGCCCAGCGAGAGCCUCAUGCGGCUGAUGGCCAAGGGGGAGAGUGAGGCGCUCUCUCAGAUUUUUGCCGACUUGCACCAGCACAACACGUUCAGUUCCAGGAGCAGCAAAAAGACACAGACCAAAAGGGGCAGCUCAGAGAAAGAUACUCGCAGUGAAGACGGCAUCCCUUGCACUUGCGACCUCAGUUGGAGAGAUUCGCUCACUUACGGAGAGUGGGAAAGAGAGAACCCUUCUGGGCCACAGCCCCUUUCACUCCUCAGCACCCUGGCAGCCUCCACUGGGCCACAGCUGGCUCCACUCAUAUAGGAAAUUCUGUUUGAACCACCCUUUCGCGCUGGGGAGAAUCUAUGCAACCCUCACCAACGCCACUCUGCAGCAUUCAGCUUUCUGAGGGACUCAGUCUGGAUGUGGGGGAGGAGAAAGCUACAACUAAGGAAAAACUAGAAUCAUCUCAUGCUGAUAGCAUAGCCUUUCCUUGGAGAACCAUUUGGGGGCAUGGCUCCGGGUAAGAAGCAUUAUUCCACCAUCAUCAUUCCACUACGUAAACUCCAGGUCCGCACCACCACCCAUCACACCUUGCCUCCGUUACCACCACCAGGGCGGGCCAAGAAGAUGUACUCUCAGAAGGGCCACGGCCAAGAGAUGGAGAGAAAGAAGGAAAGGGAAGCAGAACCAGUGGAGACAUGGAAGAGAGCAAAAUGGCGGUGAAGAGGAGGUGGAGGGAGGAAGUCAGAGAAGAGGAGAGAUCUCACAGAGAGGUGGUAACAGAAGAAAAGAGAAGGGACCUGAAUGAAGAGCUGAAGAGGACAAGAGAAGAAAUACACCACUGAGAAAUGCCUCACGAAGCUUCUAUUUAUCUAAUUUAAAACUUGAAAGUAAGGCCAUAUACCCAAACAAAUGUGUUUUCUUUUCUGUGCCAAUGUUUCUGGUGAACUAUGAGGGGCCAGAAACUAAUUCCAGCCAAGGGUCUCUCCUGAAGUUUCCUUUUUUGCCAGUUUUUGUUGUAGUUGUUGUUGUUGUUGUUGUUGUUGCUAGUCCCUCUUUUGAUUCAAGCUUUGCACCUUCUUCCUUAGCACAUUCCCUAACUUGGACUUGCUAGCCUGGCCCUGGGUUUCAAAUGAAGGUUUGGGUGAGAGGCUGCAGAAAGAUUCCUGCAGGGGGCAGUGUUAAGGUGUGUGAGGUAGGGGGCCUUUCUCUUUUGUGGUCCAACUUUCUAAGUUGGCUGUUGUCUCAGUCCUAUGGACACUGGCUCAAUUUCUUUGGGCUAUGACACCCCCUUUAAAUGUUGACAUACCUUGUUAGUGCUUACGAAACCAGUGACUCCACAGAGAGCAGGUGCAGCCUCAAAACGUAGGUACGUCAGAGGUUCCAGGCUCAAAGUAAAGAUAAAAGCAGAGGUUCACAAAUUAUAGAUCAAGGGAGUCACCAAGGAGUGUCUAUCACAUGGCUCAUGGACUGGCCACUUUGUUUAAAAUGCACAGUAUUUCACAUUCAGUAAAAAAAAUAGACUGAGUAUUUCAACCAACUUUCCAAUUGGAAAGCUUUUUUAGAUGUCUUGCUCUGAUUU